UAUGCAAAUGUGUGUGUGUGUCAUCUUCCAACGACCGGAUAGACCAGAAAGGGCUAAGUGCUUUUGCUUCUGGGUUGUAUAAAUAGAGACUAGCUAGGCCAAGUGGUGGCAUCAGGGCUCAUCGAUCGUGUGCUUCUGUUGUUCUCGUUUCUCAACAUCCAGAGUUUCAGACAAGUAGCUAACGAACCUGACAACCCGUGGGGAUGGAAUCCUACAAUUCUGAAGCCAAGUUUGAUUGUCUGCUAUUUGAUAUGGAUGACACUCUCUACCCAUUGAGCUUAGGAAUCAACCUAGCCUGCCGCAAGAACAUACAAGACUACAUGGUGAACAAGCUUGGGAUCGAAGAGAGCCUGGUUCCGAAGAUGUGCCUGGACUUGUACAAGGAAUAUGGAACUACCAUGGCCGGUCUGAAGCUUUUAGGCUACGGUUUCGACUACGAUGAAUUCCACGCUUGCGUCCAUGGCACUUUACCAUAUGAGAAGCUGAAGCCUGAUCCCGUCCUGAGGAACCUACUGCUUUCAUUACCACAGAGGAAACUAAUAUUCACCAACUCUGACAGAGCACACGCGGCCAGAGUCCUGGAGAAGAUGGGGCUGGAGGGGUGCUUCGAGGGGAUCAUCUGCUUCGAGACCCUGAACCCGUCUGCUGCUGGCCCAGCAGCCUGUGACGAGGCGGCCAGGGUGCUGUGCAAGCCGUCGCUGGAGUCCAUGGAGGCCGUCGUGGAAAUCGCCAAACUGGACCCCAAGAAGACGGUGUUCUUCGACGACAGCGCGCGCAACAUCGCGUCGGGAAAAGCCGCCGGGUUCCACACCGUCAUCGUGGGAAGCUCGGCGUUGGUGGCGGGCGCGGACGUGGCGCUGGAGAGCAUCCACAACAUCAGGGAGGCACUGCCGGACCUCUGGGAGCCCACGGCGGAGCAACAAGCCGAACUUCGCUCCGCCGCCAUGGAGACCCCCGUGCUCGCCUGAGAGCCGCACGGCCAUGGCUCUUCCGCCGUUCAUCUGCUACUGCUAGUCGUGAACCCUCGAUGUCAUGAAUUAUCGAUGUGAUUAUGUGUUGUACUUACUACGUAGGGCAACGAUAUUGUGAAUGAAUGAAACGUACCUUAACAAUAA